GCGGCGGCGGUGCUGGCUGCGCAUGCGCAGAAGGAGGCGGCGCUGGCGACGCAGGGCUCAUCGGAGAUGUCGUCCAACCACACCAAGCGUGCCUGUUAAUUGCCCUACACAGUCUACACUGACCGUUUUGUGGAGCUCAAGCGGCAACAACUCUCCGCCAGGGAACUCAGAAGCAGGCCUGUUGGUGCCUCUCGACACGCCGUGGUUUGUUUCCAAUGUCAUCAUCUCCACGCCUUGAAACCGCUUUCUUCAACACCGCUUUGGAACUGCAUCGAGCGGUCAGUGCAGAUGGCCCCGCCGACCACAGUCUCCAGGCGAUGGCCGUAGGCGUUGUGGGCGCGCCGUGACUCCCGCUGAGCGGCCUCUCCGCGCCGGCCCCCCUCCCUCCCCGCCAUGUCUGGGCCGGGCUCCCUGCUCUGGGCCGUGGACGUCUUUGGCCGCGUCUACACCCUCUCGGCCGCCGGGCACUCCUGGGAGCGGCUCUGCCGGGACGGGCAGCGCGAGUUCAAGCGGGUCUCGGCCACCAAGCAGUGCUGCUGGGGCAUCGCCUGCGACCACCAGGUCUACGUCUACGUCCACGCCGGGGACCUGCCCAUCCGCUGCCAGGAGGAAGCCUACGAGAACCAGCGCUGGAACCCGGUGACGGGCUUCUGUGAGAAGCUGCUUCCCAGCGACCGCUGGCAAUGGAGCGACGCGACCGGGCUGGAGCCGAGGGCGCUGGGGGGCUUCGCGCUGCCCUCGCCCCACUGGGAGUGGGAGGAAGACUGGCACCUCGACCAGAACUGCGCCGGAGAGCCCACAGGAAAAGGGGGCUGGACGUACGCCAUGGACUUCCCGGCGGCCUACACCAAGGAGCAGCGGUGGAACUCCUGCGUGCGGCGGCGGAGGUGGAUCCGCUUCCGGAGAUACGUGGCCCGGGACGCCUGGGCACAGAUUCCCUCCCCGGAAGAUCCCAGGCAGCUGCCGGAUCCGUUCAGCGACCUCUCUGUGGGCGGGUGGGAGAUCACCGAGGAGCCGGUGGGCAGGCUCUCCGUCUGGGCCGUCUCUUUGCAAGGAAAGGUCUGGUACCGAGAAGGCGUUUGCACCCACAACCCCGAGGGCUCCUCCUGGUCCGUGGUGGCGGCUCCCGGGGAAGCCGUCCAGAUCAGCUGCGGCCCGGAUGACCUGGUCUGGGCCACCCUGUGGGAGGGGCAGGCCGCGGUCAGGGAGGGCGUCGACAGGAACAACCCCCAGGGUCUCUCGUGGACGGUGGUGGAGCCCCCGGUCCCGGGCUGCGGCCUCUUGCACGUCGCUGUGGGCGUGAACGUGGUCUGGGCCCUCACCAAAGACCGGAAGGUCUGGUUCCGGAGGGGCGUGAAUUCGCACAAUCCCUGCGGCACCAGCUGGAUCGGGAUGGUGGGUGAACUGGUGAUGCUGGACGUGGGCCUCAAUGACCAGGUGUGGGGCAUCGGCUGCGAGGAGCGGGCGGCCCUCUUCCGCCAGGGCGUCACGCGGAGCGAGCUGAGCGGCAAGGCCUGGAAGGCCAUCGCGUGUGGACGGGACACGGACCGCUCCCAGGCCGGGAGCACCACCAGCCUCCUCAGUGCCGGCUGCUUUUUCACAAACGACAUCAGAGAACAAUCCGCCUCCGCGAUCCUCCCAGACGGGGCGCGUCCCCCCGACCUCGAGGGCGCCGCUGCCACUGCUGCCGCUGUUGCUGUGAGCGGAGAGGACGGCCGUGGCGAGGAGGGCGCAGCGGCCUGCCCGGUGGUCUCCCCUCUCGCCGAAACGCCUCCCGCUCUGGAGAAGAGCCUCGAAGACCCCCCGGCAGAAGAACCCGCGGCCUCGGAGCCAGAGUCGCCUCCGGCCGAGCUGCGGUGGAGCAACAUCGACCUCAAGGAGGCCGGGAAGCCCCCGCCCGCCAGCAACGCCCUCGCGGAAACGAGCAGCCUGUGCUCCUUCGGGGGUUUGUCCGUCGGCAUGGAAGACCCCUUAGUCACCGACGAGCAUCCGCUGUGGGCCUGGGUCUCUGGCGGGGCCUGCCUGGUGGAGCCGCACGGCCCCCCAAAGUGGUUCACGGCACAGUCAGCCCUGACAUCUUCCUCCGCUUCCUCCUCGGCCUCGGCGUCCCCCUCGCUCUCGCUCUCCUUUUCUCCGGCGCAGACGGCCGCCUGGCGCAAGCAGAUCCUGCAGCAGCUCUCGGAACGGACGCGCAGGGAGACGGAGGACUUCCAGCACUACGAGCAGGCCGUCCAGCAGUCCGUCUGGGUCAAGACGGGCACCCUGCAGUGGUGGCGAAGCUGGAAGCCCUACAAGUGGGUGGACGUGCGUGUGGCGCUGGAGCAGUUCACCGGCCACGACGGGGCGCGGGACAGCAUCCUCUUUGUCUACUACAUGCACUUCGAGGAGAAGAAGUACAUCCACGUGUUCCUCAACGAGGUCACCAUCCUGGUGGAGAUCCUGAACGAGGCCAAGCACUCCUUCGCGCUCUACACCCCGGAGAGAACCAAGCAGCGCUGGCCCGUCCGACUGGCCGCCGCCACCGAGCAGGAGAUGCGCGACUGGCUGUCCGUCUUGAGUGCCUCGUGCUGCGAGGGGCGUCGCCUGCAGGGCCCUCCUUCCCGCCGCGCCAUUUGGUCGCUCACCUGCAAGGGAGACGUCUUCGCCUGCGAGCCCAGCCCACACCUGGAGGACCCCGCCCGCCCCGCCCCCUGCGACCAGAUGUUCUGGCGCCAGGUGGGGGGUCACCUGCGCCUGGUGGAGAGCAACACCCGCGGCGUCGCCUGGGGCCUUGGCUACGACCACACGGCCUGGGUCUACACCGGCGGAGGCGGAGGCGGAGGGAGCUCCUUCUCAGGUCUGGCCGGCAGCGGGGAGCACAUGCACGCGCAGUCGGACGUGAAGUGCGUCUACAUCUACGAGAACCAGCGAUGGAACCCGGUCUCCGGCUACAGCAGCAGGGGCCUCCCCACGGACCGGUACAUGUGGAGCGAUGCCUCGGGGCUGCAGGAGUGCACCAAGGGCAACACGAAGCCCCCCUCCCCGCAGUGGUCCUGGGUUUCCGACUGGUUCGUGGAUUUCAGCAUUUCCGGUGGAACGGACCGCGAAGGCUGGCAGUACGCGGCCGACUUCCCCACCUCUUACCACGGACACAAGACAAUGAAGGACUUUGUGCGGAGGAGGCGUUGGGCCAGGAAAUGCAAGAUCGUGACCAGCGGUCCGUGGCUGGAAGUCCCUCCCAUCGCUCUGUGGGACGUGUCCAUCAUCCCCCAGUUGGAGAAGGAGGAGGAGGAGGAGGAGGAAGCGCGUGUGGCGCUCUGGGCCGUCAGCGACAAGGGAGACGUGCUCUGCCGGCUGGGCGUCACGCCUCAAAACCCCGCCGGCACGUCCUGGCUACACGUGGGGACGGACCAGCCCUUCCUGUCGGUCUCCAUAGGAUCCUUCCACCAGGUCUGGGCCGUCGCGCAGGACGGAUCCGUCUUCUUCCGUGGCUCUGUCUCCCCAAAGAAGCCAGAAGGCGACGGCUGGUACCACAUCCCUUCUCCUCCGAAGCAGAAGCUGAAGCAAGUCUCCGUGGGAAGGACCUCCGUCUUCGCUGUGGACAAGAACGGUAACCUGUGGUACCGCCAAGGCAUCACGCCCAGCUACCCGCAAGGCAGCGCCUGGGAACACGUUUCCAACAACGUGCGCAGAGUCUGCGUCGGACCCUUGGACCAGGUGUGGGUGAUUGCGGACAAGGUCCAGGGCAGCCACAGCCUGAGCUGCGGGACCGUCUGCCACCGGCUGGGCGUGCGGCCGGGGAUGCAGCCCAAGGGCCUCUCCUGGGACUACGGCAUCGGGGGAGGCUGGGAGCACAUCACGGUCCGAGGGAAUGCCACGGAAAGCUCCAAAGCCACGCUGCAGGACGCCCCUGCCCACGAGGAGGAGGAGGAGGAGGAAGAGGAAGGUCCUGACGGAGGAGGAGGAGGCGGCGGAGGAGGAGCUCCCUCUUCUUCUUCUCGGCCCAACGCCGUCUUGGUGGAGGUGACGCAGGCGCCAGGUGGGAACGCGGCCCAGUGCUGAGCGCUGCCUCUUCCCUCCCACGGAUCCCGGCACCACAGCCACGCAGGGGG